AUGGAAACUGAGUCGCCAGAUAAGAAAUUAUUUCUCAACGAGUGUGUUGUAUGUGUACACCUCUAUCUAUAUAGUAUAUAUAUAUAUAUAUAUAUAAAUAAAACCAGACACUACCAGAAGCCACUAGGACAUCUGUCUUUCAAUUCCUCCACAAGUGGCUCCUUUUAUACCUCUCGCCACCAUGUCAAUGACCACAAUGGCCUCUACAACCUCCUCCAAAGACUUCUGCACUCCUCUCGUUAUCGCACGUCUACACUUCAGCUAACGGUAGGAGAUGGCAUAUUCCUGAUGUUAGCGGAUCUGCACUGCCACUUUUUUCCUCUUUCCAAAUUUAUAAUUGCUGAGCCUCCACAUAUUCUUAUAGUGGAGGGCGCGUGUUUCCCAAAUAGGCAAGGGCGGCGAAGGUGUGAAGUUGGGAAAAUGAGGGCGUUGCCUUAUCGGGGAAAGGCAUAG